AUGGCCGACCCACUUUCAAUCGUUGGUGCUGUGGGCUCGGUGGCAGGCAUCAUCGAUGUCCUGUCACGAUCCAUCAGCGCCAUUGCAACCCUCCGCAACCAGUACAAGGAUGCCGACCUACUAUUCAUGAACCUCACCAGUCAGCUGAGCGUCCUACGAACAGGGCUGGUCAAAAUAGCAGAAUGGGCCGAAACACAACCAGAGCCUCACUAUCAGCUAAAAAUGGACCUGGAUUCGGUGCUGAUGUGCUGCCAAAUCCUGGCCAGCAAACUCGACAACCACCUCGAGAGUCUGCAUCAGGGACGCGUGCGGUUGAGCAGCAUUGGAAAGUUGAAGCUCGCUUUGAACGGAUCCAAUAUCGACGCCAUCCAAAAGAUGCUCGGACAACAGACGGCCACCUUGACACUACUCCUAGCAGCCUGCAACACCAAAUCACUUGCUGAACAACGAGAGCUCCUCGAGGCGCCAUCCACACGAACCGCCAUCGCCGCGAUGGAGCAGGACUCGGCCUCUCUGAUCGUGCACGAAGACAGAACUUCAAUAUGCACCGUGGAGACUGACACCCUGUCGAGACUCUCUGCCAUCUUCCCAUUCGACAGCCAACUGCUCACCACAAAGGUUUACGGUCGUGCCUGGAGAACAACCUUCUUGAACCGUGGUCCAAAAACAUCCCGACGAACAUUGUCUGAAGCAACGACCCUAUUGCCAGCUGAAACCGAAAGGAGAAUGACGAUAACGAUACACCGAGUCCCCAACAGAAGGAACAGUACUAGCAACAUCCCCAUCGGCCCUCCUUUCAAUUCGAAAGUCAAAAUCCUGCUUUUAGGAGCUGGGGGUUCAGGUAAGAGCACGCUGUUGAAACAAAUGCAGUAUGUCUGGGGCAACCAGAGUCAAAUGCCGAUGUCUCAUGACAAGAUCCGCAUUAGACGUGAAGUUGUCCAGGAACUUUGUCGCUUUUUCUAUUUACUCCUGUUUGGCCAGGAAGACGCUGUGGCUCAACUGGUGUGUGGAAAAAUGGUUAGUCGCCUGCCCCUGGAGCCCUACCAUUCAUGUUCUGGACGCUGA